AUGCGUGCGAACAUCCUAGCCCUCCUCCCGCUGGCCGUACUCUCCAGUGUCGGUGCCUCGACCGUCUUCCUGAAGCAGGACGAAUAUAUCGGCGACGAUUUCUAUGAGCACUGGCAAUGGGAGACGUUUGACGAUCCUACACAUGGUAGGACAAACUACGUUGACCAGAGUGCCGCCAGGCAGCAUAACUUAUCCUUCGCCAACUCCCAGAAGUUCGUGAUGCGCGCGGACGACGUGUCUGUCAUACCGGAGAGCGCCAGAGGUCGCGAUUCGAUUCGCAUCUCUUCGAAGGCCUCUUACGAUGAAGCAUUAUUUGUGAUCGACGUAACGCACAUGCCAACCGGCUGCGCGACAUGGCCGGCGUGGUGGACGGUCAGCGCUGCCGGUCCUUGGCCAUCUGGUGGAGAAAUAGACAUCAUCGAAGGAGUGAACCUCGGCACAGAGAAUCUGGCGUCCUUGCAUACGACGGCGGGCUGCUCGAUGCCGCACGACCGCGCGCAAACGGGGACGACUAUAUCUACAGAUUGUGACGCCGCUCUCAACAGCAAUCAAGGCUGCGGGACGCUCUUCACCGAACCAGAUUCGGACACCGCGGAAUACGAGCCAGCUAUCGCGCAGGCAGAGGAUGUCGCUGGUUCAACAUCACUUUCUGCUACCACGUCGUCGUAUUCAUCCUCGACUACCGUUUCCUCAACCGGAUCUAUUGCCAGCUAUCAAACGUACAGCGCGGCGGAGGUCGAGACAUCCCCCAGCUCGGUAUUCAACUGGUCAACCCCAUAUGCGACGGAUGCGACCGCUAGUUCUUCCCCAUCAGCGUACGGGAUGUGGUCUGAUCCGGUCAGCUUCGCGCAGGGCGCAGUGGCAGCUCCGGAAGAGGCCAUUAGCGAUGUGUCGACUGCUACGGAUGCGGCGUCUUUCUUCAGCGUUGGCGCGGGCGGCGAGCUGGAGCGCCGCGCCGAUGCAUCUAUUCCGUCUUUUGGGGCACCCUUCAACGCCGUAGGAGGCGGAUUCUAUGCAAUGUCCAAGUCCCGUGCUGGAGGCAUCAACGUAUGGUUCUGGCCCCGUACCUCGACUUCUGUCCCUGUGGAGGUCAGGUACGGCGGCGCGGUCGCUGCACCUAGCGUAUCCUGGGGAACGCCGGCUGCCACAUUCCCAACCAACGAUAACUGCCCGUAUGGAGAUCACUUUGAUGCGCACAGGAUGGUGUUCGAUCUGACCCUUUGUGGGGAUUGGGCUGGUAAUGCAUGGGCCUCCUCCGGGUGCGGGAAGGACGCGGGAACAUGCGAAGACUUCGUGAACAAUAAUCCGCAAGCGUUCAAGGAUGCGUUCUGGGAGAUCAACUCUGUACGAGUUUACGUGCCAGCGCCCAAUAGUUGGUGA